UGGCGGUGAUAAUGGCUGCCGCGAUAGCGCUAGAAAGACCAUGGCCAGUGCUUUGCUUGUCCAAAUCCUCUUCGCGAAUUCGAUGUAGCGCCAGCGAUUGCUCCGGUGGAGGAGCUGGACGAAAGAGAAGAGAUCUCCUGCUGGCGUCGGGAAUUCUCACUACCCAGAUCGUUGGCGGCGCCGCUAGAGCGAUCGAGGCGGGUAGCGCGGCGGGCGUCAGGGCGCUCGUCCAGGAAGCCCAGGAGGAAUGGGGACGAGGGUUGGAUCCAGAAAACCCUGAUCGCGCAUCGAGCUUGGAUCGAGCGUGCCGGAUUUUCGACCGCAUUGUCGCCAUGGAUCCCGCCAGGACCGCGUGGCUAGAAGGGCGAGGCCAGGUUCGCGUGGAUGCCAAGCGAUUCGAGGAAGCGGUGGCCGAUUUCGAUGAAGCGAUUCGCAGGCAGCCAGAGAACUAUCGAGCUUACUCCGGACGAGCGCUGGCUUUCGAAGGGCUGGCGCAGUGGAGCAACGCGGUCGCGGAUUACACGGAAGCUUUGCAACGAGGAAGAGCCGCGACUGGGUAUCGGGAUCCAUACGUGAUGAACAGCCGAGGGAAUGCUCUCGCUUCGCUUGGGCGGUACAAGGAGGCACUGCGCGACUACUCGGCAAGCUUUGACGCUUUCCAGGAUGCAAGGGAGCUGGACGGGGCCAUUUACGCGAGAGCCAACGCUGCUCUCAUGCGUAUCCAGGUUUCAAUCCUGAAGGUUGGCGAUGAAGCAAAUGGACUCAGGGAGUUGCUAGCAGUGGCACGAAGAGCUCCCGGAAGCAUCGACAUGCGAGCGGCACUCGCGGCCGUGUACUGGUCCAUGGGCCGAGCCAACGAAGCCGAGGACGAGUGGGAGUUUGCCUGCGAGAAGAUAAACUCGGGCAGGCUCUUCGACGGCUGCGAGCGCUACAAAGACACGGACUGGCUCAAGAGGAUCCGGCGAUGGCCCCCGGUCAUGAUCCAACACAUGGACGAUUUCUUGCGAGUCCGUGAAUCUCCAAGGUGACCACCACCAUGCCCGGAUCAUCCAUUUUAUUUCUCGGUCGCGGCCACAAGUUACGGAGAAAACCAGCUCUCACACUUCAGUGUUCGAAGCCCAGACAGGGAUCUGCUCGUCACUUCUAUACAAGACCAAGUUCCUAUCA